GAAAAGUCAUCAACAAAGACUUGCGCCACUACCUGAGCCUUCAGUUCCAGAAGGGCUCCAUAGACCACAAACUGCAGCAAGUGAUCAGAGACAAUCUCUACUUGAGAACCAUCCCUUGCACUACAAGGGCUCCCAGAGAUGGGGAAGUCCCUGGGGUAGACUAUAAUUUCAUUCCUGUUGAGCAGUUUAAAGCACUGGAAGAAAGUGGAGCCUUGCUAGAAAGUGGAACAUAUGAUGGUAAUUUUUACGGCACUCCGAAGCCUCCGGCAGAGCCCAGUCCCUUCCAGCCUGAUCCAGUGGAUCAAGUCCUUUUUGACAAUGAUUUUGAUACUGAAUCGCAGAGGAAAAGAACCACAUCCGUCAGCAAAAUGCAAAGGAUGGAAAGUUCUCUCCCUGAAGAGGAGGAAGAGGAGGAGAAGGAAGCAGUUAAUGGCAGCGGAGGGAUAGAAAACAAAGAAAAACAUUCAGAUUCUCCUGACUGGAUGAAACCUGUUCCCAGCUACAACCAGACCAGCAGCAACAUGGACUUCAGGAACUAUUUGUCAAGGGAUGAGACUCUGGAACCUUUGCCCAAGAACUGGGAGAUGGCCUACACAGACACUGGCAUGAUCUACUUCAUUGACCACAACACCAAGACGACCACGUGGCUUGAUCCACGGCUCUGUAAGAAGGCCAAAGCUCCUGAAGAUUGUGAAGAUGGAGAGCUUCCAUAUGGAUGGGAGAAAAUAGAAGACCCUCAAUAUGGAACAUAUUAUGUCGAUCACAUUAACCAGAAAACUCAGUUUGAAAACCCAGUAUUGGAAGCCAAAAGGAAAAAGCAGCUCGGACAGACUGAUGCUGGCACUUCCAAACCAGGACCAGGGAAGUCUGUCUUCACUCGUGACCCAUCCCAGCUCACUGGAGCACUUAUAAGGACAUCCCUGAAAAAAAGCACCAUGGGAUUUGGCUUUACAAUCAUCGGAGGGGACAGGCCUGAUGAGUUUCUCCAGGUGAAGAAUGUGUUAAAAGAUGGACCUGCUGCACAAGAUGGGAGAAUUGCUCCAGGUGAUGUCAUCGUGGACAUAAAUGGAAGUUGUGUCCUUGGCCAUACCCAUGCAGAUGUUGUGCAGAUGUUUCAGCUCGUCCCUGUCAAUCAGUAUGUGAACAUGACUUUGUGUCGUGGUUAUCCUCUGCCCGACGACACCGAGGACAACGUGGUGGAUAUUGUGACAGCUACACCCAUCAUCAAUGGCCCACCAGUGGCCAAGGGAGAUGUUUCUGUGCCCAGCCAAGAGCUGAUAGCAGGAACAGUUGUGUUGGACCAGAAUGGGAAAAUGGGGCCCAUGUUGGUCAACGGUCGCCUGAACGGCCCUUCCCUGGACACCGCGGAGCAGAGGAUCUCCCUUGCCUCCUCAGGGGGCUCUCAGCCAGAGCUGGUCACCAUCCCUCUGGUCAAAGGGCCCAAAGGCUUCGGCUUUGCCAUCGCAGACAGUCCCACGGGGCAGAAGGUGAAGAUGAUUUUGGACAGCCAGUGGUGCCAAGGCCUGCAGAAAGGAGAUGUCAUCAAGGAGAUUUGCCAUCAGAACGUGCAGAGCUUGACUCAUCUGCAGGUGGUGGAGGUGCUCAAGCAGUUCCCAGUAGGAGCAGAGGUGCCACUGCUUAUCUUAAGAGGAGGUCCACCCUCACCUACUAAAUCUGCCAAAGGGAAGGACAAGCAGGACAGUUCAGGGAGUUUGGAAGCUGUGAGUGAUCCCAUCCCACAGCCCAUGCCCUUCCCACCCUCUGCUGUGCGAUCAGGCUCUCCCAAACUGGACCCUUCAGAAGUCUACCUGAAAUCCAAGACUCUGUAUGAAGAUAAACCUCCAAACACAAGAGAUUUGGAUGUUUUCCUGCGAAAACAAGAGUCAGGCUUUGGCUUCCGUGUGCUUGGAGGGGAUGGACCAGAUCAGCCUAUUUAUAUCGGAGCCAUCAUCCCGCUGGGGGCAGCAGAGAAGGACGGGAGGCUGCGCGCAGCGGAUGAGCUGAUGUGCAUCGAUGGGGUCCCUGUCAAAGGGAAAUCACACAAGCAGGUCCUGGAUCUGAUGACCAGUGCUGCACGGAAUGGCCAAGUGCUGCUCACCGUCCGGAGGAAGAUCUUCUUCGGGGGGGAAAAGCAAGCUGAGGAGGAGGAGGCACAGCCUGGCCUGGCCCAGAAUGGCUCUCCUCGGCCGAAUCGCGUGGAGUUCACAAACCAGCCCUGCCCAGAGGUGUACGAUGUGCGUCUGCAGCGCAAGGAGAACGAAGGCUUUGGCUUUGUCAUCCUUACCUCCAAGAACAAACCUCCUCCUGGGGUGAUUCCCCACAAGAUCGGGCGGGUGAUCGAGGGCAGCCCAGCUGACCAGUGUGGGAAGCUGAAGGUGGGCGAUCGCAUCUCGGCGGUGAACGGCCAGUCCAUCGUGGAGCUCUCCCACGACAGCAUCGUGCAGCUCAUCAAGGAUGCAGGCAACGUGGUCACCCUCACUGUGGUGGCUGAGGAAGAGCACCGUGGUCCUCCAUCAGGGACAAACUCAGCCAGGCAGAGCCCAGCACCGCAGCACCGAGCACUGGGGCCAGCACAGCUCAGCACCGACAGGGGAGCUACAGAAGGUGAAGCUGGGAAGGAGGUUUCUGGUGCUUACCGACUGUCCUGGCCCGAGCACAAGCACGUGGUGCAGUCGGAUGCUGGAGCUGCUGCAGUCGUUGGCAGUCGUCACUCCCAGAGUCCUGGCUGUUUCCCAGUGGAGCUGGAGAGGGGCCCUCGAGGGUUUGGAUUCAGCCUGAGAGGGGGAAAGGAGUACAACAUGGGCCUGUUCAUCCUGCGCCUGGCCGAGGAUGGCCCCGCGGUCAAGGACGGGCGAGUGCACGUUGGUGACCAAAUUGUGGAAAUCAAUGGAGAACCCACCCAAGGGAUCACUCACACACGAGCCAUCGAGCUGAUUCAGGCUGGAGGGAACAAAGUUUUGCUGCUGCUGAGACCAGGGACUGGAUUGAUACCAGAUCACAGUUUGGCUCCUUCCAGUCUGUGUCCCUACGUGAAACCUGAGCAACAUUAAGGGCUUUCAGUGCUUUUCUUGGUUUUUCCUUAAAGACUUGGUGAUUGGGAUAGCUACAAUCCAUCUUCGUCAAAUGUAAUAUAUGAAGAGCAGUCACCAUUACCUCCAUCUUCCCAUUCUGCUUCCCCAUCUGAAGUGUGUUAUUUCCCAGUACCAGGAGAAACUUUAAGCAGAGUUCAGCUGUCUGAGGAACUGGAACAAGCAGAGAACACUGUGCCUGACAAGAUAAGCACUUUAACUGAGAACCAGUGUGAGAGGAAGCCUCAGUCUUCUCCCCAGAGAGCAAAGAACAGAUGGGAAUGUCCCUCCAGUCCUGGGUUUGGAAUCACUAAA